UCUCUUCGUGAAAUACGCACGAGCUUGGAAAUAAAUAGUAAAUAGAAUAGAUCAAAUAAACACACACGAUUCGACCUAUCGCAUGCGUUCGUUUCAUGAAAUUCGUAACACGAACGUCUCCGGUGUUAUUUCAGUGACCGGUCGCCUGGAUUCGAUACAGUUCUUUUAGUUCUUUGUUGAAAUUCAGCUGAUCAAGGAGAAUGAGAUCGCAGAAAAUUCGAGCUUCAUAAGUUAGGAAACAACAUUUUGGUCAGUUCGCCGGACGAUCGAGUUUCUGUCACGUUGAUGCUGAUCCGAUUCAUUAUAUCACCUUUUAGCAAUCGUUAAUUUCUGCGACCUGCCUGUGAAGAGAUUCGGUAUAAACAUAGAAUAUCUAACGUUGCAAUGUCGGUGUGUUUUAUAAGCAAUAAGCCUAGCAUCAAUAAAAAUUCUUGGAUCCUAAUCGGCAAAGUCGUCAAUAUAUGUGGAUAUCCAGUGUCAUCGGGCCAUCCUGAAUAUCUUGAGGAAAUUGGGAUUGGCCAUAAUGGAGUAUUUAUAGACAAGAAUCUUUGGGAUAAGUUAGUCAUGAUCAUGUUCGUUGUGUAUCACGAGCAAUACAAAUACAUCUACGAUCGCACCAACGCUAUAUUGUCGCACAUGGUAGUUAAAGUCCCUAAGAAUAACACUAAAAAAUUGGAGUUAGAAAUAUUGGAUGUUAAACUGACGUUGGAUAUGAACGAAGUAAGGAAGAACGAGCAAGUGAAAUGCACCCAGUCGCUGAACAAUAGAUAUAUAAGUAAGAAGAAUUACUACGAUUGCGGCGAUGAAGCCGCCAACUGGUUAUACAAUUCUCUAAAAGACGUGCAUGCACGCUUAGGAUUUCGCAACCCGAUUGAUGCCAAGGCAACGUUACAGGACACUUUCAACUGGCUAUAUCCAUCGGUAGAUUACGACGAGAUAAAAAUACAGAAUCCGUCAAACCCACCGUCUUGCAGACUGAUGUCGCUUGAAUCGUUCAACAAUGUAAAAGAAAAUAUGGACAGCUACAUCAAUAUGACUGACUUUGGUCCGAAUAUCAUUAUUCAAACCAAAACUGCUUACAAGGAGGAUGGAAUGGAAUGGUUUAAGAUAGGCAAAGUGAUCCUGAGAACUCUCAGACCCCCCUUAAAAUCUGAUGAAGAUGCGACGUUUCACGUCCCAAUGGAAAUGAGAUUGCAAUUAUUGUCGUUACAUUGCGAAACGUACAUGGCGGGGAUAAUACAACUUGGAGAUAAGGUAUACACUUUAAAAAAUUUCAACAGAAAAUAGACAAUAUGUUCGAUACUUCAGCGGCUUGGAUGAUCGUCUAC